AUGGCGGAGUCGGACAGGGUACCUCACAUUCUUAAACAUGUUGGGUAUGUGGCCUUCAACGCACUCGCCGUCAAGAACCUGCCUACCGUCGCUGACAUGGACUUGACGUGCCCGCGCCUCGACUACCUCGAAUGUUUGAUAGAGCCCACCAAGUCGCGCGGGGAGCAGCAACGGAACCUCAAGAGAGCCCUGCACGGCUUCGCGGGCACGGACGAGCAGCUGGUUACAGCCCUCACCAGCAAAUAUAUAUGUACGAUGAAAGACAACGAGCCAGUGCGGGAGUAUGAAGGUAUGGAGAAUCCGGACCUGGAUUGGGAGUUCGAGGUCGAGGAAAUACAGGCGGCGCUUAUGGCCAUGAGGCGGAGCACGGCACCAGGGACCCACAAUGUGACGGUGGGAUUGCUUGCCAAUCUUAAUCGGCAGACGCUCGAAAAUCUCACGCAAUACAUCAACGAGCGCUGGAGAAGUGGAAAGCUACCCAGGGCGUGGGAGACGGCUGAUGUAAGCUUCAUUCCCAAGCCUGGAAAAGAGGUGAACAUCAAUAACCUGAAGCCAAUCUCGCUUACAUCGGGCGCAGGGAAGCUUAUGGAGAAGGCGGUGCAACUGCGCCUAUCGGCAUAUCUAGAAGACCAAGACCUUCUGCCUCACACGAUGUUCGGGUUUCGGGCACACUUGUCAACCCAGGACAUUUGCGACGCCUGGCGCGACUACGGCAGCUCCAAGAUCGGCAUCAGCGCGUACAGCCUGGAUGCCGACUUUCGCCACCGCAUUUUUCAGUGCCCGGAAGACAACUGGACCCCAAACGGGUCGCGGCUGCUCCUGGUGCAGGAGUUCCGAGACUUUCUGAGAAAAGAGAGCAGCGGUCAAAACCCAAAAGCGACGUUUUUCGAUCGCUGCCUGCGGCUGACAUGA